AUGCCCAAGAAGACCUCCAAACAGCCCCCCUCAUCCACCCCCAAAUCCCAUCUCCAACAAAAACAGCAGCAACCCAACUGGCCCCCUCUCCGCCCACUCAUCCCCUCCACCUCUCUCACCCUCGACCCUCUCGUCCCCGACCAAAUCUACCUGAUCCGGAACUUCUUCCCCUCGACGCUCUGCAAAACCUACACUUCAUUUCUGGCCUCCCUGCCACUGACCACCACCCCGGGCAAACCCAAAAAGGGCGAUGCAGUACGAGUCAAUGAUCGGUUUCAGAUCCAGGAUGAGGGGUUCGCGGAGGGUCUUUGGUCGGGGACCGCGUUAAAGGAGAUGGUUAUGAAUGCGGGGGGAGGAGAUGAGUAUGAGGAGGAGGAGGAGAGUAAAGAAGAGGAAACUACGAGAGACGUCAAAGAUAUCUGGGGCGGAGAACCCAUUGGGCUGAACGGGAAUAUUCGUAUAUAUCGGUAUUCGAAGGGGCAGUUUUUCGAUAAACAUUAUGACGAUUCCAAUGCUAUUACUUUCUCCUCGCCCGGUCGUCCGCCCCGUGCGGCCCGCACCACUUGGACACUUCUCAUCUACUUGACGAGCUGUGAGGGAGGGGAAACCGUCUUUUAUCCAGAGGCGACCCGCUUCAAUCGCAACCCCGAGCCCGUGUCGGUGGCUCCGGUGCCGGGGAUGGCGCUGCUGCAUCGGCAUGGAGAUCGAUGUAUGCUGCAUGAGGGGAAGGAGCCACCGAAGUGA